CCAUCAAUGUCAUGGUUAACAUAUUAUCUUGGUCUUUUUCCUGGGCUGUUUCUGUUGCAGAGGGAUGGUAGAUCUCAUAUGUUUGGACAAUGCUGUUGAAAGAAACUGCAGUGCAUCUUAUAGAUGGUGAGCAUUGCAGUCACUGUGUAUCAGCAAUGGAGGGAAUGAAUGUUGAACGUACUGGAUGAGGUGCUUUGUCCUGGAUGAUGUUUGAUCUCGUUGAAUUAGAGUUACACCCAUUCAGAUGUGACUUGCAAGGAGUACCAGAACGUGGACAUGAUAAUUAAACUCCAGGACACAGUUAUGCUUAAAUGUGCAUACCCAGAGAUGGGCAAAAUGAUCCAGUUGUCCUGGGAGAAGAAAGAUGGUGAUGCGAAGCACAAAAUUGCUGUAUAUAAUCCCAAACGGGGAGAGAACAUUUUCUUUCCAUACAAUCAGAGUGUUACAUUUCUCUCAUCAUCUAUCAGUGGAGAUAUAAAGUUGAAGGCAACAGCUGCAGAUAAAGGCCUUUAUCAAUGCUCCAUUAAUACUUUUCCUGAAGGGGUGUUGCUGAAACUCAUUGCAGUAAUAGACCCAGCAAAAUUUCCCAGAAGUCGGGCAGCAGACAGCCGUGUGCGAAUUGUGCCAGGGAACGUCAUGACCUUAUCCUUUGGGUAUCUAAAUGUGGACAGCAUUAAACAAUUGACGUGGCAACGGAUGGCUGGAGAAGAAAUAAGUAUCAUAGUUGACAUCACAUCUUCAGAACGAUUUAUUGGCUAUGACUACAAGCGAAGGAUCCAAUAUAUCCAGUCACCUGAUCAAAAUAUCAGCCUGACCAUAGAGAAUGUGACAACAAAUGAUGUGGGAGUGUAUAGCUGCUAUAUUGACACAAAUAAUGGAAACUGGACCAAAACCUUUGAUGUUGAUGUGGAAGGUGAACAGUCAAAUCUCCCACCAACAAGAAAUCAUGCCACACCUAAAGUACUUACUGAAGCACAGAACCACCCAGCCAAAGCAGACAUAAAAAUGUUUCUAAUUUUUGGCGCAAUUGCUUUGGGAAGCCUUGUAUUGGUCAUCAGUGUUGUUAUUAUAAUAUGUGUGUGGAGGAGCAAGAAACGGAAAGCAAGCAACACACAGUUCCAAAAAGGCACCACUGAAAGACAUAACCAAAGAAGAGCCAACCCAAACAGCUAUACAAAUUCUGAUGUCUACGAUCAGCCAAAUUCCAGGGGUAUGGAGUACCAGGAAGAAGCUAUUUAUGCCAAUCUGUAGGAUCUACUACUGAUUAGAUGGCUGUGUAUCCAUCUUCAACUUCACUGGUCGAACGUCAUCACUAUGAACUGAACCCUUGUUUCAGCUUUCACUUUCCUCACAAAUGAGGUGACUGUUGAACUCAUUCCAUCACAUAAUUAAACAGUGAACUUUAUUACAAUUCUUCAACAGGAUAAAGCAAGGAACGAUGUGCUUUCUUCUCUCAAAUUCAAAAAGUGCUCCAUUUGUUUUAUUCUUAAGUUACAAUCAUUUUUAAAACAUUUAACUGGUAAAUGUAAUAAUUUCAAGACAUCAUGUGUAUAUUUAUAAACUUGCCAACUGAGAACUGAUUGGAUAUAUUAGCUUAGCGACAUACAUAAUAGAAAAAAAACUCAGAUUAAGCCAGUCUUACAAUUCUUAAAUAUUUUACAGGUAUAUAAAAACUUGUUUGCAGCCACCGGUUGAAUUUUAUUUUCUUAUUUAAUAUUUCAAUAUUUGAAUUGUCACCAAAUAUAUGAGACCAGAGAAACUAACGGUUGUCAUGUUACCUUAGAACAGAUCAAAUGCCAAAAGAAGGGAUUUUUACUAGAUUGGUGUUAUUACACACCACCAUAUUGUUAACUCUGUUUGAUUGUUGUUUCCUCAAGGAAUAUUUAAUUUGACCUGGUAAUUCAUGUAGGCAAAAUAUACACGGUGGUGUAUUAUUCAACUAUGCUCAUUCUCAAUUGGUCAAUUUUCACAGGCAUCAGAAUCUGUGUGAGAUCAGAUUUUAAAAAUACCUUUCCUUUCUGGUAGCUCUGAGGUACAGUACACAAAUCAGAGCCCUUACCAAGUAGAUACUAGGCAGGAGAGGGAAGCAGGUGGCAAAAAAAAACAGCAGCAAGGUCUUGAGGAAAGUUUUGAAAAAAGGGAGGGAGGUGGGCUAGAUAAAGAUAUCAAAUAAGGAAGAUUCAGGGAAAAGAUCUGAGGCUUCAUGAAGCAAUUGUCCAAGUUGCUAAACUGUUGGAAGGGUAGAAAGUAGGUAGGGGUGGAGGCAAGAGUAAGCUGACGGUAUAUACAACUAGAAACAUUUGGAUUUAAAUCUGAAUGAGAGCCAUACCCAGAAGAAUGUAAAUGUUUAUAGAUAUCAAAAUUGGCUGGCAUCGCUUUGCUGAUACUUAGUUAUGAAUGAUCAAACAGGCAAGUAUCAAGGCAUCUGGAGCAGCAAAAUGAUCCCUUAUUAUGCCUGUGCAAGAUACUUGACUCUUAUGAGGUCUCUGUUUCACAAGCAGGGCCACUUGAGGAAUGUCACAGCUUGUGUGCCCCAACAGGAAGUACUCGAGAAGUAUUUUAGUGAAAGUUAAUUUUCUUUCUCUGUUACAUCAAUGAACUUGCCACGUUGGGGGUAAAAAUUCACAAGGACUGGCAUUUGAAGUCAGGGUUGCCCCAAUAUUGGGAGUUGUUGAAGAAUAUUUCCUGUGCAGGUUAGAUAGAAUUUACAUCACAGAAAAAAGUCAUUUACUCUAACAUGUCCAUGGAGGUAUUUGUCAUUUCCUUAGCCUUCUCCAAUUUUACAGGCUGUGUGCAAGAACAUUAUAUGCCUAUUUAAAACAAAGUAUCAUUAAGAUUUUGUAUUGUAAGGACAGCUGUAAGUAAUUUAAAGAUUACAGAUUUUUCUUUGUCUUUGAUAGUGAUAUUUAAAAUUUACAGCACGUGGGCUAAAUAGACAUUUUAUAGAGCCAGCAGUUGGCUGAAAAUAUCUGUUCUAAUUUCUGGCAGCUUCAUUUAAUUGUAAAUACAGCACAUGUUAACUCAACACCAAUGCAAGUGAAAUUUGAUCAUCAGAGGUUGAUUAUCAAUGAAAUGGAAUAUCUCUUGACAAGCUUUCUCGUUCUUCUUCAGUCAUCAAACAUACUAAUUCAGGAUUGUGAUUAAUCUGACUGUAGGCAUAAUGACUUCCUAGAAACCAUAAUAUACCUAACUCCAACUUGAUUAACAUCCUUAAAUUGGGCAAAACAUCAGGGAGUCUAUAAUAGCAGGCAAAUGGGAAAGUGAUGUUUAGGAAGCCAAUUCUUGUACCUUAUUUUACAAUAAUUGUAAAUUUUGUACAUGCUGGUGAUCUGCUUGUUUUGAUGUACCUCACUUUGUAAAAUAUGACAUCAUACUGUUGUGAAUAAA